CGAUUCAUCAAUUCCAAUGUGUAGAUUCCCAUAUAUAAAGCCCCAAUGGCCCAUCACGCUUCAGCCCCUAAUACUGCAUUCUCAGAGAAUCACAAUGAGCACCCAACCAAUGGAGACUCUGGGCCAGUGGAAGGUAACCGUGUGGGAGGAAGAAAACUUUCAGGGAAAGAGAUGUGAGUUCCUUAUCGAAUGCUCCAAUAUCAUGGAUCGAGGUUUCCGCAGAAUCCGCUCCAUCAAGGUGGAGAAUGGCCCGUGGGUAGGAUUUGAAUACCCCGAAUUCCAGGGGCAGCAGUUUAUCCUGGAGAAGGGCGAUUACCCUCGCUGGGAGGCAUGGAGCGGAAACAGCGGCUACAGAACCGAGCAUCUUCUCUCCUUCCGUCCUGUGAAAUGCGCAAACCACAGUGACAGCAAAGUAACCCUAUACGAAGGAGAAACCUUCCAGGGUCGCAAGUUUGAGCUCUGUGACGACUACCCCUCUCUGCAGGCCAUGGGCUGGUGCUCUAAAGAAGUCGCCUCUGUCAAAGUCAACUCUGGCGCCUGGGUUGCAUACCAGUACCCCGGAUACAGGGGGUACCAAUAUGUGCUGGAGAGAGACAGACACAAUGGCGAAUACAGAAACUACAAUGAGUACAGCACUCAAGCUCACACUAACCAGAUCCAGUCCAUCCGCAGGAUCCAACACUAGGGAAGUUCACAGCCAGCCAACAGGCAGACCACAAAAUCUUCUCCCAGUCGCCAUCCGCUGCUGUGCGGUGACUAGGGGCCUGAACUCAUAGCCUUCGUACUAGUCAUGUUUACAGCAAAAAUAAAGAGAUCUUUAAUCAUAAA